AUGGCGCCCCAAAACGAAACUCGUCGGCCUGCGCCCGCACCUCGGUUGUUCUCCCGCCUUUCGCAAGUUUCAAAGCGCUCGUUCCUGUCGUACUCAUCUUCCUUCGAGGCCGACGACGAGCGAUCCAGCACAGCCACUAGGGGGGACUUGGGCAUCAUGAAUGGCAUGCGAAGCAGAAGUGGCAGCGACAGCGGCAGCAGCCUGUUCAUAGCCCCCGCCCGCUAUCCUGGCGAGGACACCCGCCCCACCAGCCCGAGGGAACUUGCCGGAUGGUAUGCCUAUGCCUUCGCCGCCGAGGUUUAUGUUAUCUGUGGUCAGUUGCUGAUAGGGUCCUUCAUUCCGAUACUCCUUGAAAGUUUGGCGCGAGAAAAUGGCGUUCUCCUGGUCGACCGUAAGACGCCCUGCGGUCCAAGCUCGGCAAGGACCCCCGGCGAAGAUGGACAAUGCAUUGUCUAUGUACUCGGCAUGGAGAUCAAUACGGCGAGCUUCGCCAUGUACACAUUCAGCAUAAGUGUCCUGCUACAGGCCCUCCUAGUCGUCAGCAUAAGCUGUGCGGCGGACCACGGCAAUUAUCGAAAGAAGCUGCUGCUCGCCUUCGGCUGGAUCGGGAGCAUAUCCGUGAUGCUCUACAUUUUCGUCUCGAAAAACAUCUAUUUGUUUGGCGCAUUUCUCGCCAUCAUAUCCAACACGUCUUUCGGAGCCUCCUUUGUGCUUCUCAACUCGUUCUUACCUCUCCUUGUGAGACACCAUCCUGUGGUUAGCUAUGCGGAGGCCGAAACCAGCCCGGACCUAACCGCCUCUAAUGGUCUGUCGCGGCACCCUGAAGGCCCGUCAGCGCUCAGCCAAGAUACCGAGAGGUCAAUGCAAGACUCUACAGCGGCGCUGUUGUCCAGGGAAUCCACAAUAGGAGGGCACGAUCUGUCGCGGGCGCAUACUCGCGAGGAGCUGACAUCGCAAGAGCUUAGCCUCUCCACGCAAAUCUCGGCGAAGGGCAUUGGAAUUGGUUACAUCGCAGGACUAUUUCUGCAAUGCGUCGCCAUUUUCAUUCUCAUCCAAAUGAGCAACUCGACCUGGUCGCAAAGGGUUGUCUUGUUCGUCGUUGGCGCAUGGUGGGCCUUGUUUACGGUUCCUGCCGCCAUGUGGCUCCGCCCCAGACCGGGACCUCCGUUGCCGGCAUCGUUGAGUGGCAGUGGCGUCCGCGCCUCAAUAUCCUACACCUUGUACGCUUGGAAAUCUCUUUUCCGUACUGUCCGGCUCGCGAGACGGCUCGUCGACAUUGUGCUCUUUCUAGGCGGCUGGUUUCUGCUGUCGGAUGCCAUCGCGACGACUUCCUCCACUGCGAUCCUCUUUGCGAAAACCCAGCUCCAUAUGGAGGCGUGGGCCCUGGGGAUGAUCAACGUGAUAUCGACGACCGCGGGCAUCGUCGGGGCGUUUUCGUGGUCCUUCAUUUCGCGGCGCUUUCGUCUUCAGACCCAUCAGACGAUUCUUGCGUGCAUUGCCCUGUUUGAAAUCAUCCCGCUCUACGGUUUAAUGGGCUACCUCCCCUUUGUGAAGAACUGGGGCGUUUUCGGCUUGCAACAGCCAUGGGAGAUGUAUCCCCUGGCCGCCGUGUACGGAUUCGUGCUCGGCGGUCUCAGCGGAUACUGCCGCUCACUUUACGGCGAAUUGAUCCCUCCCGGCUCCGAGGCUGCAUUCUACGCCCUCUACGCGAUCACCGACAAAGGGUCGAGCGUGUUUGGGCCAGCGAUUGUCGGGGCUAUCAUCGAUGCCUCUGGCGAGAUUCGGCCUGCCUUCUGGUUCCUGGCCGUGAUUGUGGGCUUGCCGGCGGCGCUCAUAUGGUUCAUCGAUGUAGAGCGAGGGAAGAGCGAGGGGGAGAAGCUUGCCGAGAUCAUCGAGGGAUUCAAAGUCGGGGAUGACGAGAACACAGUUGGAAGCGACAGCGACGAUGAGAGCCGGGCGAUCCUCUCUGCAUAUGACGAGUCGACGGAGACGGAUCGCAUGUAG